AUCAUCCAACUCAUCACAAACACUUCAAGACUUCCAACUACUUCCCAACACACCACAAAUCAAUCUAUCAACAUGCAGUUCUUCAAUGCCAUCAUCCUCGCCUCUAUGGCUCUCACUGCCACCGCCUGCAAGUGUGUCCAAGGCGGCACCAACGACGAGGCCACCCGAAUCUGCUGUGGCUCCCUUGGCGGACGCUACGAAGGCAACGACUGUGUUGCAGGCACCAUCUCCGAAAAGCUCUCAAACUUCCGCUCGUGCUGCAUGAACCAAGACCCCAACGGCCAACUCACUUCAGACUGCGACUUCCCGACCAAGAGGGACGAUGCGUCUGCGGCCAUCCAGAAGCGUGCUCCCGUUGUCAAGGAGAUUAAGAGUGCUGGAGCUAUCAUGACUGUCGUGGCAUAAAUGUCUCGAAUAAUGAGUUGUCAAGACAAGCGAAUGUGAAUGCCGAAAUUAUGAACAGGGGUGUGUGAUGGAGAGCAUCUAGUGAGAUGGCCGGGAAUAUUGUAGUAGAUACCAGGUAUCACGGCAAAGAU